AUGUCUCAAGACAACAUAAACAGCAUGGAAGAUUUCGAUAAGCAAUUUAAUCUUAACUCAUCUAAUAUUGAUGUUUUAAAUUUUAAUAAUCAUGAAACCAUGAACAUCAAUCUAAGAAGCCUCUUAUUAAACAAAAUUUCAGAGCUACCUUCCCGAAAACCAAGUUUGCAAAACGAAAAAGAGAGACCAUAUCUAACUUGCCAUCACUCGACGUCACAUCCCGCGCAUGUACCAGACAACACAAUUACUGCUUAUGUUACUUUUUCCCUUCGGAAAAUUGAGCCCCAGCCACAGGGAUCAACCACGGCAUUCGCUCGACAUGCUUCUGAGAAUUCUGUUACUUAUUUCUAUUUUGGCAAGUGA